AUGCACCUUGCAAAUCUGUGCAUAAUUUUCUUCUUGCAAAUGCUCGUCGUCCCGUCUGCAGCAGAGCUAUCAGCACGCGAACUCGACUCACUUCUUCAGGAUUAUGCAUUCAGAGCGCUUGUUCGGCCAAGAACAGGCGCAGUGUACGAUGGAAAUGUGCCGUCCAACUUGACUGGCGUUCGAGUGGCGGCAAUGAGGCUGAGAAGUGGCAGUCUGAAGAGGAAAGGUGUUAGCAGAUAUGAAGAAUUUCAUAUCCCAAUUGGCGUGGUUGAGCAGCCUUAUGUGCAGAGGCUUGUUUUGGUAUAUCACAAUUUGGCUAACUGGUCCUCUUUGUAUUAUCCUUUGGCUGGUCACACUUUUCUUGCACCAAUUCUAGGCCUAUUGGCAUACGAUGGAUCCAAUUUAUCAGCCACAGGUUUAACAGAACUCAAUUUCCGGGCGGCUGAGGAGUCUAUCACGAUUGAGUUUUCUGGUGUUCAACCAGGGCCAGAGGGAUCAUCAUCAGCCAAAUGUGUGCAUUUUGACUUAGAUGGUUCAGUAGAAUUUGACAGAGUCAUUUCCACAAACACCUGUUCGACAACUAAACAAGGCCAUUAUUCCAUUGUUGUUGAGGCAAUUUCUCCGGCACCGGCACCGGCACCGGCUGGUGGAGGUGGGGGUAACAGUGAAGGAGGUGGAGGAUCCACCGUCUCCGGCGGCGGAAAGGGGCGUCGGAAAGUAUCGAUAAUUGUUGGGUCUGUGGUGGGAGGAGCAAUUUUAUUGGCCUGUUUGGGCAUGUUAUUUUAUGGUGUAAAUAGGUGCAGACGCCGGAAAAAGAUACAGAAAAUGGAAGAGAUCUCGGAAAUGGGAGUGGCGUUGCCAAUGACAAGAAUUGGGUAUACAAAGGCGCCCGUUGCAUUGGAUACUCGAACGAGGCCUUCGCUAGAGAAUGAAUUUGUGCCAUAG